AAAGAGCAAAUAUGCUGUUGUAUUUUUUUCGCCAAAUAUUUUAAUGUUGUUGAGAUAUUUUGAUGUUGAUAACCUGAGAGACGUACAGACAGCCACACUUUCUGUGCUCAAGUUGUAACUAAUGGCUGGAAAAGUUCUCUGUGAGGCAACAAAACUGUACAACAUCCUAAAUCAAUACACUCAUCUACCAAGGCUUGCAGAGAGUAACUACCUUUGCCUGAUUGAUGCACGUGCAGCAGAAUCGUAUAACUUUAGCCAUAUCAUUACUGCUAGAAAUGCAAAAUGGGAUUCUGACCGAAAGUUUAUUAUGCCCGUGGAUGUUGAAGUUGAAAGUAUGAGGUACAUCAUUGUUUAUGACAGCAAUACACAUUCUCUGUUAGAUUCAGGUCCAGCCAUAGACUGUGCAGACUGCUUAGAAAAAGCGAGCCGCUUUCCGGUUCAGAUUCUUACUGGGGGCUAUGAGAAGUUUUCUGCACUUUAUCCUUUCCUAAGAACGCAAAAGAUUCUUUACAACAUUAGGGAAUUGGAGAGCUUGAAUCCCUAUCCUGUGGAAAUCUUACCAGGUCAGCUUUACAUGGGUGAUUAUAGGCAGGCCACAAACCCCCAAAUCCUUAAAGAUCUGAAGCUGAAUGCACUUGUCAAUGUCUCUGAUGAAUGCAGUCUAAUAUUUAAAAAGGCAAACUGCACUGUCCUACACGUCCGAAUUGCAGAUUCUGCAGAGGCAGAUUUCAGCUCUUCAUUUGAGAGAAUGUGUGCUUUUAUUGGUUCUCAUCUCAAUACUGCUUCUCCGGUUUUGAUAUUCUCCACUCUUGGGAUAAGCCGGUGCUGUGCGGUAGCAAUGGCAUAUCUUAUGCAUCACCUGAAAUACACACUUAAGGAGGCCUGGACUCAUAUUCAGAAGUGCAAAACCAGUAUGAGACCAAAUCGAGGAUUUGUGGAGCAACUUUCUGAUUGGGAACUUCAGACUGUUGGGAAGAGAGUGACCGAUAUUUCAGAACCCAACUACUGACAAUAGCCAUAUGUGACAGAAACAGUGCAUCACUGUGCACAGUCACUGAUAAAUCAUAGAUUUUUAUUUACUAUCAAUAAAUCAAUGAAAGUAUAAUAUAUUUCAACUGUAUGCUUCUAAUGCCUUUGUAGCACGCGCGAGUGACGAUACUCUGUCCACCAAUCAGCGCUCUGCAGUGAGUCUAGCUCCACCUUUUAGUACCCUUUCACUGUGCCAACAGAAGGGUACCCAAAAAGUGGUACGGUUCGGCUUUUUGGUACCAUUCACAACUUUUGACAGUGGAAAUGCAAAUAAUUGCGUACCGAGAUUUUCUGUCUAAUUCAAUUUAAUGUUUGUACUUUGCAGAUUUACCAAGAGUUUAAUGUAUGCAUUAUGAAAUUUAAUUAAUAAAAAAAUCUUGGCACUCCAUUGGCGUGUGAUUGAUUUUGACAGUGAAAAAGGAAUGACAUUGUUGACCUGCUCACUAGCAGUGCUGGAAAUAAAGCUCUUAGAAGUCAGUCACUAUACCGGCUGUAAUCAGUAUGAAACAGUGACAAGGCAAAACAUAAACUCAGAAAUUUUAAUUAAAUCCACAACAUUAAAAACAAAUCAGGAAGACUUGUGGCUCGAGGUGAUUCAAUCAGAUGCUGCUUAAAGCCAAACAUGGCUGUUUGUUUCCACAGAACACAAAUGCGAGGAUGAUAUUUGACCAUUAAAACAAACAAGAUGACAUACCAGGUCCCGUUAGAACUAUAAUACUUCAGGGAAAGAAAAAUAACACAACACAUACGAUCCACUCAAAUACAGGCAUGAACAUAAUUCACAAACUAAACAGCAUCCAUUGUUUUUCUUGAUGGUUGUGACAGCAGUGCAUAAAUAAGCCACUUCACAGCUCAUCCACAUUGUCCAAGUAUCUUCCAUUACUUUAUAAGAGAGGAAACAAAACUGUUCUGUUUUGCUCUACCUCAAAAUUGCAGAUUUUAUGUUCAGUUUAUCCAGAGACAGAUAAUUUUCAGCAAAGCCUAAUUUUCCCAAAAAAAUUAGAAUUGAUUAGUUUGUAUUAGUACGGUCAUGAGAGGUACAUAACAUCAGUAUUUACUUGACAUAGGAAUACAGAUGUCACAAUCCAAAAUGCACAGACACAUCUUCCAUACAGCAACUACAGAAGAUCGAGUGUAUUACAACAAAACCAUUUAUGAGACCUAAAUGAAAACAAGAACCUGACACUGUCAAAA